UCUUAUUCUUGGAUUGAGAGAAGUGCCUCGAAGUAAAUCUCCACUCUCUCUCUCUCCUUCUUCACUCUCACUCUCAGAAGUCAUAACAAUAACAACAAAAGCUAUACGACCUUUUAUCUUUUCUCCAUAUUUUGAGCUUUCUUGUCGUUGUGUUCUUGUUCUUAUUAACCAAAGUAAUCAAACCUGAACAUUCAAAAGAAUUCCUCUUCUUUCUUAUUAACUCCCUCGUGUUCACUUGUAAACUCGUCAUAUUUCUACAUUCUCCUCAUCUUCUUCAAAGAUUAUAAACCUUGGAGACUCUACAAUUUGAAAAUCAUGAUGCCAAAACCAAUUGUUAGAGGAGGUUCAGAGUUGCCUCAGAGACAAUCUCCAAGGCUGAGGUUAUCAUCAUCAACCGUUUCCUCUGCUCCGCAUCAUCUCCACCGUCCAAUUACAGACAGGAGUCCAAAGCUUGGUCCUGACCGUAGAUCUCCGAGGAGUGGUGGACCUCACAGUGACCCGUUGACUCAGAAGAAGCUUGGAAGUCGCAUCUCUGGCUUAGAGUCACAGCUAGGACAAGCUCAGGAAGAGUUGAGAUUGCUCAAAGAGCAGUUGUCCAAAGCCGAAGCUGCCAAGAAACGUGUUCAAGAAGAGCUUCAUAAGAAGAGAUCCAAGAAACCAAACCCUAAUGCUCUGGAGAGAGACGACAUUCCUGGAGAUGGACAUCAAGAGACUGAUGUCUUCGAGGUUCUCCCUGUUGAGAAAGCAAAAGAAGUUGAUGAUGAGGAACACCAAAUCAACGUGUUGAAAGCUAGACUCUACGACAUGGAGAUCGAAAGAGUAUCACUCAACAAGGAGAACGAGAGCUUGAAGGAUCAGUUGAAGAAGACAGACUCAGAAAUGUCCUUCGCAAAGGCUAAAGAGGAUGAGAUAGCUUUGAAAGUGAGUCAGAUUAGGGAAGAACUGGAAGAAAGUAAUGAGAACACAGCGCAGCUAAAGAAGAAGCUUGAAUCCGUGGAAGAAGCAAAAGAGAGUCUAGAAGCUGAGAUGGAGAAGCUGAAAGUGCAAACCGAGCAGUGGAGGAAAGCAGCAGAUGCUGCAGCUGCGGUUCUGUCUGGAGGAGUUGGGAUGAAUGGUGGGUUCUCAGAGCAGUGCGGGUCAAUGGAGAAGCAUUUUGCAGGCCGGUUUGUGGGAUCACCAGGAAUGGCUGCUGAUGAUUGGGAUGAUGGGUCAGGAAGUGGGAAGAGGAAAGGUUCAGGGAUGAAGAUGUUUGGUGACUUGUGGAGGAAGAAAGGUCAGAAAUGAAUAACCAGUAGCGUGUGAUUCAAGAAAGCAGUGUGCUUCUUUUUUUUGUGUAUUUGAUGGGAUGAUCUAGUGAUGUAUGAUUUUUCUAGUAAUGAAUGAAUAUUUCUUAGCUUAAGA